GUCCAUGGUUAGCAACCAAAACUAAACAUAACCACGAUUUCACAACUUAAAUAUAAAUUAUAAAUAAACAAUUACAAUCAAAGAACAAUAGAAGGAUUAGGACAAUUCCCCAAAAAUGAUGGGAAUAAGAAUGAACACGUUCUCCGAAAACGGAUUAGGAGAACCCGAACAAGAUGCUAACUCUGCGCUAACAGAGUUAGAUAAAGGUUUACGUUCCGGAAAAGUCGGUGAGCAGUGUGAAGCCAUCGUGAGAUUUCCAAAGCUUUUCGAAAAAUAUCCAUUUCCAAUAUUGAUCAAUGCCUCCUUAUUGAAACUUGCCGAUGUAUUUCGAAUGGGGAACAAUUUCCUUCGUCUUUGUAUCCUCCGUGUGUGCCAACAGAGCGAAAAACACUUGGAUAAAAUAUCAAAUGUGGACGAGUUCAUUAAAAGAGUUUACAGCGUGAUGCAUUCUAAUGAUCCUAUAGGUAGAGCCAUCACAUUGAGGACAUUCGGGGCAGUAGCUGCAAUCAUUCCAGAAAGACAACAAAUACACCAUAGUAUAAGGAGAAGUUUAGAUUCCCAUGAUAAUGUUGAAGUGGAAGCGGCUAUAUAUGCUGCAAUUCAAUUCGCUGCUCAAUCAAAAACUUUCGCAGUCAGUAUGUGUAAUAAAGUAUCGGACAUGAUUCAAGGUCAGACUAUACCGGCUAACAUGAAAUUACAACUGAUUCCCAUCUUGCAAUACAUGCACCACGAUACUAAUACUGCCGCUAUGGUCAGAAAUCUAUGCAUUAACUUAUUGCCAAGUUAUCCUUCUCAAGAUUUCGUUCUUGUCACUCUCAACACGUUGACCCAACUGGCUGCCGCAACUCUUGUAGAUAUACCCACACAGAUUGAACUCCUUAUUAAAUAUUUGAGGAACGAUCCUAGAUGGGAGAUAAAAUCCAAGUGUUUGCACUAUUUAUAUCAGCUGGCGAAACCAGGCUCGCAUUUGUGGCCCCCGGGAGCUAUAAAUGAGAUAAUAGAUAUCGCUGAAACCACAUCUAAAAUGAAGAUCUUAACUUUAACCUUGAGGGUAAUUCAAGUACUGACCGAAUCUCCGAGGAUGUGUCAUGAUCACAGGUCACCAUCGUCCAAAGUGCGGAUGCUCUGUAGUAAAAAUAGUUACUCCCCUCAACCUUCGAUAGCCGCUCAGUCGAUUCAAAUCUUGACCCAGAUUUUGUGCUACUGUUACAAAGAGGACAUCGAGGUUGAUGGUGCGGAUCAAGUCAUAUCUGCUCUGGAAACGUUAAUUCUCCUCUUGACAUUCAGCAACGAAAAGAAGCCGAUGGAAUUGAAGUUUGCGUUAAAAUGCGCCGUUAGGUUGUGCGAAUCCAAGCAAGAGUACUGCGAAACCUUCGUUGAACUGUUGGGCACCCGGUUGGAUAACGUUAACAGUGACUAUACCAUCAUAAUUUGCGAAACUCUCGGCGCUAUUGGGGGAUUGAAGGCCGAUACACUGCUUCCCCUUGUAAACGACAUACUUUCUCUGCUUCAUGCUUUAGCGGAUGUCAAGAAUCCUACCUCCCAACAAAUUCAUACCAAAACAAUGUUGUGCACUUUAAUUUUUCAAACGUUGAGCGGUUACACUUGGAACGAACAGACUGAGGAAACCAUAAAGAAGGUGGUCGCAAAUAAUAACAUGUGGGCAAACUAUUGCAUAGCCAGGGCUGCGGUGAGGUACGGUCAUCACAAAAUCGCCAUCGGUAUAUUCAGUGAGCUGAAGGAACAAGUGAGCUCCGAGCACUUCCACUUUUGGCUGGUGUGCCUGAAGGAAAUGUCCGAGGCAGAGGCUGAACUUUACGGUGAAGACCCAAACUCUCUAGUCACAAGGCUGGAUAAGUCGAUAAUUCAUUACAACAAAGCUCUAGCGGCUCUUAAGGCGGCUAGCACACCAUCUCAUACUCUCCAGUUUCAAGCGGAGUACAUGAAGAUCCGAACAGAGUUCCUUCAGUGUCUGGUGCAGUUAAUUUACACCUGCAAUAUUCUUUGCAUCGUACCGCCUCCAGCCAUAGCGGUAGCCAUUGUACAAAACACCAGGGACGAAUUCCAGAGGCACGGGUACAUCACGAAUCAGCUUAGAAAGUGCGCGGUUGAGUUUAAAAAUUGCGGGGAAAUGUACUGGAAGCUGUACCAGACUGCCUUCGAUGCUGAUCCGGCCACCCUUGAGAAUAUGCAAAUAUUGCAGCAACUUUGUACCUUGGUAGAACAGUGCGUUUAUAGUAUUUGCCACAGCGGAGUUAACAUCGUGAAGGAAGAACCCAUAAACUUGGGUUCGCACAGCGCAAGGCUGGAAUCUCAACAGCUCAUCAAGGCUUGUCAGAAUUCUGUCAAAAUUUCUAACGCCGUCAUGGCAGACGCGAUUGUUGGUACAAUAACCCACAAACAGGUGGAUUUGCUGAAAAAAGUCGUGGAGGUUCUAGCCAACGCUUCUUUACCCAUACCGAGGUACUUCUUCCAAGUACUUCAAUCCACCAGUGUGAAACUGGCGAUUUCUCCUCAACCCAGGGUUAUGGGAGAAUUCAUAAGCGUUCAGGCAGGAUCUCAGUUGGCGGUGAAAGUGGAAGGUGUAAUUCAGCAUGGUAAUAAGCCGGGACUGUUCAGGAGAAUAGAGGAAGUGGUGGUGACGGUUACUUCUCAGUUUCAGAAUAACCCCAAGGGAAAGGAUGCAGAAACGAAGAAUUUGGAGACUAGCCUAGUGUUGACUCAAACCGUUAGUCCGCACAAAGACUUCUUCACUGCCCAGUUCCUGCUGGCGUUUCCUCGUGGUGGUCAAUAUGUACUAGUGGUUGACGCUUCGGUGAUAGACGAGCAAUGCAACACGUGGAAAACUGGACCAAGGUCUACCUUAACGGUGAAAAUACCAGAAGAGCCCAAGCCGACUGCCAUAUCCAUUCCAGGAAUGCAAAGCAAUGCUAAUGUGAUUUUGAUGCCAGAAGACAAUCUAUUCAUCAGACCGCACCAAAAGAAAAUUUGAAUGUCGAAAUAUAGGUCGAAACAGUUUGUGAGGAAAUUCUUAAGGCUGUUUUGAAGUAUUAUUCAAUGUUGAUUUACACUAAAUCUUGUUAUUAUUGAAAUUUGUAAAUAAACUAUUAUAAUUUAA